CGUCGGGCCACACCCGCUGUGGGCGGGGCUCCGGUGCAGCAGAUGGGGGAGGGGCGGGGUCAGUCUGAGACUGGCGCUGCGGUGGGGCUGGAGGCGCUACGGGGAGCCCACCACACAGACCCCCCCCUUUGGCGAAGCGCUGCCCCCCAGCCUCAGCCGCCAUGCCCCUGGCCCGCAGCAUCUCCGUCACCUCCCUGACGGGGCUGGAGGACUGGGAAAAUGAGAUCGACCUGGAGAAUGCAGUCCUCUUCGAGGUGGCCUGGGAGGUGGCCAACAAAGUGGGGGGGAUCUACACGGUGCUGCAGACCAAGGCGAAGAUCACGUCAGACGAGUGGGGGGAGAAUUACUUCCUGCUGGGGCCCUACCUGGAGCAGAACGUGCGCACCCAGGUGGAGCUGAUCGACCCGCCCCACCCGGCCGUGCGGCGCACCAUCGACUCCAUGAACGCCAAGGGCUGCAAGGUGUACUUUGGGCGCUGGCUCAUCGAGGGGGGGCCCUACGUGGUGCUGCUGGACGUGGGGGCCACGGCCUGGAGCCUGGACCGCUGGAAGACGGAGCUGUGGGACAGCUGCACCAUCGGGGUGCCCUGGUACGACCGGGAGGCCAACGACGCCGUCCUCUUCGGCUUCCUCACCGCCUGGUUCCUCGGCGAGUUUGUGGCUCAGUGCGAGGAGAAGCCGUUUGUCAUCGGCCAUUUCCACGAGUGGCUGGCGGGCGUCGGGCUCAUCCUGUGCCGGAUCCGCAAGCUGCCGGUGGCCACCAUCUUCACCACCCACGCCACGCUGCUGGGGCGCUACCUGUGCGCGGGCAGCGUCGACUUCUACAACAACCUGCAUGCCUUUAACGUGGACAAGGAGGCCGGGGACCGGCAGAUUUACCACCGGUACUGCAUGGAGCGGGCCGCUGUUCACUGCACCCACGUCUUCACCACCGUGUCCCAGAUCACGGCCGUGGAAGCUGAACACCUGCUCAAGAGAAAACCUGAUCUGGUGACCCCCAACGGCCUGAAUGUCAAGAAAUUCUCUGCCAUGCACGAGUUCCAGAACCUCCAUGCCCAGAGCAAGGCCCACAUCCAGGAGUUCGUCCGGGGGCAUUUCUAUGGGCACCUGGACUUUAAUCUGGACAAGACCCUGUUCUUCUUCAUCGCCGGGCGCUAUGAAUUCUCCAACAAGGGGGCCGACAUCUUCCUGGAGGCACUGGCCCGGCUCAACUACCUGCUCCGAGUAAACGGCAGCCAGGUGACUGUGGUGACUUUCUUCAUCAUGCCGGCUCGGACCAAUAACUUCAACGUGGAGAGCCUAAAGGGGCAGGCCGUGCGCAAGCAGCUCUGGGACACAGCCAAUGCCGUGAAGGAAAAGUUUGGGAAGAAGCUGUAUGAGUCGCUGCUGGUCGGGAAUCUCCCUGACAUGAACAAGAUGCUGGACAAGGAGGAUUUCACCAUGAUGAAGAGAGCCAUAUUCGCCACCCAGCGUCACUCCUUCCCGCCCGUCUGCACCCACAACAUGCUGGACGACUCUACAGACCCCGUCCUCAACACCAUCCGGCGUCUCGGGCUGUUUAACAGCAGUGCCGACCGCGUCAAGGUCAUCUUCCACCCCGAGUUCCUGUCCUCCACAAGCCCCCUGCUGCCCGUGGACUACGAAGAGUUCGUCCGAGGCUGCCACCUAGGGGUCUUCCCCUCCUACUACGAGCCGUGGGGCUACACGCCAGCUGAAUGCACUGUCAUGGGGAUUCCCAGCAUCUCUACCAACCUCUCCGGAUUCGGUUGCUUCAUGGAAGAGCAUAUAGCCGACCCGUCGGCCUACGGGAUCUACAUCCUAGACCGACGGUUCCGGGCGCUGGAUGAUUCGUGCACCCAGCUGACGUCCUUCCUGUACAGCUUCUGUCAGCAGAGCCGGCGCCAGCGUAUCAUCCAGCGCAACCGGACUGAGCGGCUCUCCGACCUGCUGGACUGGAAGUACCUGGGCCGGUAUUACAUGUCUGCCCGACACAUGGCGCUCGCCAAGGCCUUCCCCGACAACUUCACCUACGAGCCCCCAGAGGAGACAGCGGCUCAAGGAUUCCGCUACCCCCGCCCGGCUUCUGUGCCCCCUUCGCCCUCCAUCUCGCGCCACUCCAGCCCCCACCACAGCGAGACGGAGGAGGACGACGAGCGGUACGACGAGGAGGAGGAGGCGGAGAAGGAUCGGCGCAACAUCAAGCCCCCGGCCAUGACGGGCCCCGUCCCCGAGUGGCGCAAGCCACCGAAGAAGGGCUCCAGCGAGGCCAGCACCUCCUCCAACGCCUCCACGCCCACUAUGCCCUCCAGCCCCAGCGACCCCAGCAGCCCCAGCAGCUCCAUCAUCGAGGAGAGGAACUAGGGGAGGGGGUUCUAGACUGGUCUAGAACUAGGGAGCCCCCCCGCCUCAGGCACAACAGUUAUAAGCAACCCCCGUGCUGUCCCCGUCCUCUGCUUCUGGCUCUCCCUCUCAAGAACCCACCCUUCCCUUUUGCUGGGUUCUAGAUUGCUGGUGCUAGGUUCUAGAUCAUUCAAAACCGGGUCUCCCCUCCUGCCCCCCAGUGAGAUGGGUAUGAACACCCCUUCUCACUCCCUGUCCUCUGCUUCUGGCUCUCCCUCUCACGAACCCACCCUUCCCUUUUGCUGGGUUCUAGAUGGCUUAUGCUAGGUUCUAGGUCAUUCAAAAGCAGGGGUGACCCCUCCAUGUGAGAUGAAUAUCUCCUUCCUGCCCUUUGCUUCUGGAUCUCCUUCGGGACCCCCAAAGUGAUGGGGGUUUUCUGUGUUCAGUGGCAUGGGGGUUCUAGAGUCCAGUCUCCAAGGUGCUCCAGGACCCUGUGCACUAUAGGCUCUGGCCUGCCCCUCCAAACUGCCUAGAAUGACCCCCAUGUUGUCUACAACACUCCGGAUCAUACUAGUGUUUUGCAGCUGCCAAUGUUCAGUAGAGAUGGGGGGGCUCUCAAAUGGUUUGGGCUAGGAGCGAGGUCAGCGGUGGUCUAGAGAGAGGCCUGGUCUGGAACAGGGCCUGGCUUCAAGGUGUGGGGUUGGGCUGGAUCAUUCAAUAAUGCUUCUCACUCAAGGAUGCAGGGCAGCCCUGGGUUAUCAUGUUUGGGGAGCUAGAUUGUUCUAGAAUUAUAUGUAUUAAAAUGGGUCUUGGGGACAUAGGGUACCCAUACAUGAUUCUGGAAUGCAGCAUCGGGUGAUGCUGGGGGUUCUGGAGCAGUCGAGCAUGGGGUCUGCUACAGAUUUUGAUUGGAUUGUUCUGGAGUAAUGUGACAUAGCAGGGUGCUGGAGCUGUUUAGAAGGAGGAGCAGUCUAGACUGACCCUGCUACCGAGGGUGGUGAAGUCUGAAGCGUUCUGGAUCCCUCUAGGACUCAGUGCAAUGAAAGGGGUGGGGCUACAUGUAGAAGUCCACAUUGUCAUGGUCUAGACCAGUCCAGAACAUUGCACGGUCAAGAGAUGUUGAAGGAUGUUGGGUGUUCUGGAGGGGACGUCUCAAAUGGCAUCUCUGAGAAGGGGGAAGCACUGGCGGGCACUGUGACUGAAAGGAGAUGGGUCGGUUCCUGACUUCUGGAAUGCAGCUCUACCUAGAUCUGCAGCACUCCUGUGGUCGAGCAUCACCUUGGAAAGAGGUGGUCUAGAUCACAUUGUAGAUCAUUCUAGAGCAUUGCGUGUAGGAUGGAAUGAUGCUGCCGGGGGCAGGGUUCUAGAUCAUUCUAGUAGUGUCGGGACAUAUGCUAAAGACCCAAGUUGCCUGGCACCUGUUCUAGGUUGUUUGAACUCACUAGACACCAGCGUGGCUGAACUGGAACGAGUUGCAGGGUUUUGAUCGUUCUUGGCUUGGGAUUUGGUCACUGGGUUCUAGAUCACCCUGUGCUCAGGCUGAGGGGGCUGCUCUAGAACAUGGCCGACAACGGGGCUGCAGGAAGGCUCCAGGAUUCUGCAUGCAGGUGCAGUCUGGUCACACCUCUACCCCGUCCCAGACCUUCAAUAACAGACCAGUCAAGAACCCAGAUGCUUGAUAUCUAGAACCCUGCUCCUGGCUGGCCCCAUCUGCUGGGGAGCGGUGGGGAAGGGUCACAAAGCUGGACCUGCUGCUGAGAUGCAGCCACCUUUGGGGGAGGGGAAGGUGUCUAGACAGGGCUCCCCUUGCCUGCCAGUUUCCCAGCAACCCCAAGCCAAGAAAAAUCAUGUUUCAAAGCUGUUUGGGCUGCCAUCCCAUGCCUAGGCCCCCCGCUCUGUGCCUGGGCUGGGUGCUGCACCCACCGGUGCCAUGGGACCUCUGUGGGGUGAGCCCCCCCCCCCCAGCCCAGGCUCAUGUUUUUUAUUUAUGGCUGUUGCAAAUGUUGUCGCUUGGUUUCAUUUUUGUCUCUCCCGGGCCACAGGGAGCUGAGCCGGGCCGGGCCUAAGAAUAAACGUGAGCUAAACUCA